AUGAACGCGCUUGUGGAGCCCAGUGUCAUAUUUCUUAUUCUUAUUGCGAAUGCGACAGUUGGUGUUUUGCAAGAGCGUAAUGCAGAUCAGUCGAUCCAGGCUUUGCGGGCGUACUCUCCGGAAGAAACCAUUGUCCUGCGCGAUGGCAAAACAUGUCGCGUGGUGGCUCGCGACGUGGUCCCUGGCGACAUAGUGAUCUUAGCGGCAGGUGAUCGUGUGCCAGCAGACAGUCGCGUGAUUCAGCUGCGUUCUUCUACAUUGCAAGUGGAUCAAGCCAUCCUGACCGGCGAGUCAGAGGGCGUGUACAAGACCGCUGCGGUUGUGAGUGACGAAAAGGCUGUUAAACAAGAUAUGACAAAUAUGUUGUUUUGCGGUACUUCUGUUGUGAGCGGCUCAUGUGUGGCACUUGUGUGUCUCACAGGUGAGCACACGGCGAUUGGUGAUAUCCAUGCUGAAAUCGAGCAACACGAGGACAUGAAGACGCCGCUCCAGGAGCGACUUGACGAGUUUGGUGACUUAUUGGCGAAGGCCAUUAUGAUCAUUUGUGUACUAGUGUGGGUGGUGAAUAUCCGGCACUUUAGCGAUCCUGCACACCACGGCUGGAUGCGUGGUGCGAUGUACUACUUCAAGAUUGCUGUGGCGCUUGCUGUGGCUGCGAUUCCCGAGGGUCUAGCCGCUGUCAUCACGGCUUGUCUGGCUCUAGGCACGCAAAAAAUGGCGCGCAAAAAUGCCAUUGUAAGGCACCUGCCCAGUGUUGAGACGCUUGGCUCGACAAGCGUGAUAUGUUCGGAUAAAACCGGUACGCUCACUACGAAUGAAAUGAGUGUUGCGAAUAUGUAUCUGGUGGGUGAAGCAGCCGACUAUGAGGUCACCGGUACGAGUUUUGCGCCGGACGGUGCCAUUUUGCGCAAUGGCCGGACGAUGACGAGCCUGAAUCAGCCUGGUAGUGCGAUUCAUGCACUUGCACAGACGUGUGCCGUGUGCAACGAUGCCAAGGUCAUUGUCGAUGCGCAUGGACGGCACAAGGCUCUAGGCCAGGCAACAGAGGCGGCACUCCAGGUACUUGUAGAAAAAAUCGGCUUCCACGAUGCGAUUCAGCAAGCGCACUUGCCAGAUCUCUUACCGGCCCUCCGUGCAGGGGCGGUGUGCGAGAUGUACACGAGUUCGCUUCCGCGCCUUUCAACGAUGGACUUUACUCGCGACCGUAAAAUGAUGUCGACCUUUGUGCGCCGAACAGAGCAUGAUGCCCGUCUGCUUGUGAAGGGAGCGGCCGAAUCGGUGUUGUUGCGCUCAUCACAUGUGUUCUUGAAUGACAGUGAGCAACGGCCCCUGACGGACGACAUGCGUGCUGCGCUGCACGAAAAGAUUAAUACCUAUGCGAAUGCAGGCUUGCGUGUGCUCGCGAUAGCUGUGCGCGAUGGUAUGGCGCUGCCAGAUCCACUACUGCCAUUGGAUGCGUCGAUGUAUGGCCAGUAUGAACAGAAUCUGUCGCUGGUUGGACUCGUGGGUAUGCGCGAUCCACCGCGACCUGAGGUAGUACAAGCGAUUCGCUCGUGCAUGGAGGCGGGUGUGCGGGUCGUGAUGAUCACCGGCGACAACCAGCGGACAGCCGAGGCUAUUGGCCGCCAAAUUGGCCUGUUUGGUCCUGACGAAGAUGUGCAGGGCCGAUCGUUCACUGGUCGUGAGUUUGAUACAAUGUCCCCUGAGAAAAAGGCGAGCGUCGCAAGCAAUGUCGUUAUUCUUUCACGCACUGAGCCGUCGCACAAGAGCCAGCUAGUCGACCUGCUCCAGAAAAACAAUGAGGUCGUGGCCAUGACAGGCGAUGGCGUAAACGAUGCUCCAGCGCUGAAGCGUGCCGACAUCGGCGUCGCUAUGGGCACAGGCACCGAUGUCGCGAAGCUUGCAGCUGAUAUGGUGCUGGCUGAUGACAACUUUGCGACGAUUGUCUCUGCUAUUGAGCAGGGACGCAGCAUCUUCAACAACACGUCGUCUUUCAUCCGGUACCUGAUCUCGUCAAAUAUCGGCGAGGUCGUGAGUAUUUUUCUCACUGUUAUGCUGGGCAUGCCUGAGGCACUUAUUCCUGUGCAGCUUUUGUGGGUGAAUCUUGUUACAGACGGCCUUCCAGCGACAGCUCUCGGCUUCAACCCUCCGGAUGGCGCAGUCAUGCGUAUGCCGCCGCGCAAACGAAGCGACUCUCUUGUUUCCCAAUGGAUGCUAGUACGCUACUUUGCCAUUGGCUUGUACGUCGGUGUAGCAACGGUGCUGGGUUAUGCAUGGUGGUUUGUCUCGUACAGUGGCGGUCCUCAUAUCACCAUCUACCAAUUGACGCACUUCCACCAAUGCACGCGCAAUUUCAGCGAGAUUGAUUGCGGUAUGUUUACCGGCAAGGAGUCUCAGCAUGCAUCGACUGUGAGUCUCAGUAUUCUUGUCACGAUUGAAAUGCUGAAUGCCUUGAACGCACUCUCCGAUGUCGACAGCCUGUUACUGCACCCACCAUUCAAGAAUCCAUGGCUCGUUGGUGCGAUUGUCUUGUCCAUGGCUUUUCACAUGCUAAUUCUGUAUGUGCCAUCAUUGCAACAUAUAUUUUCCAUUGUGCCACUGGGCUGGAGCGAAUGGGUGGGUGUGUUGGCAUUUUCUGCUCCCGUCCUUGUGAUUGACGAGGUUUGUAAGUGGUGGGCACGUCAUUCCCUGCCGAGAGGCAAAAAGCACGAGUAA